CCCCCGCCAUGUCCCGGGGGUUCCGAACGUCCCCCCUGGGGACGGGGGAGGUGCCGGGUGUCCCCUACACCCUGCGGGUGCUCCAGGAGGGCUACAGCCACCCCCACCCCGACGGCACCCUCCGGGCCGACUGCACCGUCACCCUGGUGGCCGGUGGCCCCGUCACCGCCCUGGUGGACACGGGGGGUCCCUGGGGCCAACGACGGCUCCUGGGUCACCUGGCGGAGCUGGGGGUGUCCCCCCGGGACGUCACCCACGUCGUCUGCACCCACGGCCACUCCGACCACGUGGGCAACGUCAACCUCUUCCCCGAAGCCACCCUGGUCAUGGGCUACGACGUGUGUCACGGAGACGGGUGCUACGUCCCCAACGGCUUGGCCAAAGGGUGGCCUUACGUCCUGGACCCCGGUCACCUGGAGGUGGUGGCCACCCCGGGUCAUACCCUGGGUCACGUCAGCCUGGUGGUCAAGGCCACCUCCUUGGGGACGGUGGUGGUGGCCGGGGACUUGUUCGAGGCGGAGGAGGACGAGGAGCAAUGGAGGGCGUUGAGCGAAGACCCCGAGAAGCAGGAGAGGAGCCGGCGGCAGGUGGUGGCCAUGGCCGAUGUCAUCGUGCCGGGGCACGGGCCACCCUUCCGCGUCUUCAGGGAGCGAGGGGACAGCGAAGUCUCCUGGGGUGACGAAGAGGAGGAAGACGCCACCACCGGAGAUGUCGCCGAGGGACCUGGGGACACCACCAAGGGAGGUGGAACCCCUGGAGAUGGCCCCGAGGAGAAGGACGAUGGGACUGCACAUGUCCCCAAGUCAUGAGAGACACUCUGGGGACAUCAAGAGGGACUGGGGGGACCUGGGGACAACCCCGGGGGAGGUUGGACCCUUGGAGAUGGCCCCAAGGAGGAGGACAAUGGCACUGGAGAUGUCCCCAAGCCAUGAGAGAUCCCCUGAGGACAUCAUUUGGGGCAGAAGGAGGCCCCGUGAGAUGUCACUGAGGGGACAGAAGCACCUUGGGGACGUCCCCAAGGCCUCAAAGACCCCGUGAGAUGUCACUGAGGGGACAGGAGCACCUUGGGGACGUCCCCAAGGCCUCAAAGACCCCGUGAGAUGGCCCUGAGGGGACAGGAGCACCUCGGGGACGUCGCCGAUGGAUGAGACACUCUCUGGGGACAACCCCAAGGGAGGUGGGACCUUUGAAGAUGUCCCCAAGGAGAAGGACAAUGGGACUGGAGAUGUCCCCAAGCCACGAGAGACGCCUUGGGGACAUCCCUUGAGGGACAAGGAGACCCCGCGAUGUCCCCAAGGAAGCCGAGGCCUCCCUGAAGAUGUCCCCACGGAAGAAGAGGCUUUGGGAUGUCACCGGGACAGAGGAGGGGACAGCGGUGGGACACGGU